CUUUUCGUUGCCAAUCCAACACCCCAAAAAGGAAAAGAAACCUCAUUUCCCUUUGGUCACGGUCAGGGUAUGGCUUACUCUAUUUAGAUUUUGGGUUAGGGUUUGUUAAUUUGAUACUGUUCUAUUGAGUUUCUAUCAUUUCCUCCGGUUCCGAAUACCCGCCAAUCAAUUCCCGCCAUGGACGGAGGACGAGGAGAAGUUGGUGAGUUGCAGGACUGGGAGGUGCUAAACAGCUCGGACCCUACCCUGGUUAACUCAGACGACUCGAUUGAUAGCCCUAGGAGCUUCGAGGGAAUCGAUGUGCACGCCGAAGGUAUGAUCAGGCCUGAUUACUUCUCCCUGGAUAAUCAUGGGAAGUUGGGGUAUGGUAAGGCGGUGAUUGAUGUCAGCGAAGACGGUUCGGUUGAGUCCGACAACCCCAGUUGGAUUGAGCCGGGUUCCGUGACUCAGUAUGGUGGAAAAGAAUCGGGUGGGUUUUGGUCCGAUUCGGCAAGUGAUCGGUCCGAUGACCGAAAAAGUUAUGAUUUUGAGGGGAAAAAAGAAUUGGGUUUUGUGGAGACAUUGAAGAAAUUGGGGAAAACGGAAGUCUUGAUAAGGAUUUGGGUAAGUUCUGGUCUGAUUCAGGCGGCGACAGUCUGGUUUCUGCUGAAAUAUGAGAAGGUUGCGAUGGAAAGCGAGAUAGGCUUUAGUGGCUUGGAAUGUGCAAUUAACUUGGAGAAUGAGCCAGAAGAAGGACAAUCGGUUGAGAGUCGAAGUAGUGCAGUUGAAGAGGAGAAAUCAGAGGCGAAAUCCGGUGAAGAGGUAGUGAAGAGGACAAUCCUGUGGUGGAAGGUCCCAUUUGAGGUCUUGAAGUAUUGUGUUUUCAGGGUAAGCCCUGUUUGGUCCUUGUCUGUGGCUGCAGCGGUAAUGGGUUUAGUGCUCUUGGGGCGGAGAUUGCACAAGAUGAAGCGAAAGAGCCAAAGCUUGCAGCUCAAGGUUACUCUGGAUGAUAAGAAGGUUUCUCAGUUCAUGAGCCGUGCUGUGCGUCUCAAUGAAGCAUUUUCAGUGGUGAAGCGAGUUCCUAUAAUGCGACCUUCGCUGCCAGCAGCUGGAAUAAAUCCAUGGCCUGUAAUGGGUUUGAGAUAGAAAAAUUCUUCCUGUGAAGUAUAUAGAAAAAGAAAGUACUUUGUCCAUGACCGUGCUAAAAGUACUACGUUGUUUUGGCUUGGUUUGUAUCAAAACGAUUGUGGCUGUUAUGUAUUUACUAUAAAGUUAAGAAUUAUCUGUAAAAUGCAGACAAAGAUUUCCACUCGGUAUCGAUCGUUACUCUUCGUUUC